AAAAAAAUGAAAUAAUUGUAUCGUAAUUAGUUAUAUUUAAAAAUCAUAACUAAGUCAUCAAUGAGAUAACUAAUUCAUAAUUCCCUUAUUUUUUUCAACCUUCUUUUCUCUCUCUCUUUCUCUCUCAUAAUUCGAUAAUAAUAAAAAAAAAGGAUGUCGAGACUCAACCCGGAUAUUCUUAUACUUAUUUUCGAUAAAUUACAGUAUGAUAAAAAAUCUUUAUAUUCUUGUAUUCUGGUUAAUAGAGAAUGGUGUCGUAUAGUAGUACCAAUCCUAUGGAAAGUUACAUGGUAUAAUGAUGAAAAAUCUGAAAGAAAACUUUUCAACACAAUACUUUUUUGUUUGCCAAUAUCUUCAAAACAACUUUUAAUUGAUAAUGGUGUGAAAUUACAAUUAUCUUUAAUGACAGGUCAACCUUUGUUUAAAUAUAUUAGUUUUUGUACAUUUCCAAAUAAUAGUAUUGUAUAUAAAAUGAUUGAAAUGGUUCUUGUAGAUGAUUACUCCUCAUUAAAACAAAUGAAGAGAGAUCUAUUGAAACAAGAAAUCUUUAAAUUAUUUGUUAGUCAAUGUAAAAAUAUUAAAAAAUUAGAUUGGGAUAACACACAACCUUUGUCUUUAUUUUCCGGUGCAUCAACGUGCUUCUCUUCACUCCGUGAUUUAUAUGUUGACGUUGAUUUCGUAAAAUCUGAUGCCUUAUAUGGGAUGGCACAAAUUUGUAAAGGUAUAGAGAAAUUAACUCUUCAUAAUUGUAUUCAAGAUGUUCCCGGAUUGGUAAUUUUAAUUGAUGUUCAAAGGAAUCUAAAAAGUUUAUCGAUUCAUUAUGAAGAAUUUAAAGGGAUUGACAAAGAGCUAAGUAAAGCAAUGAGAAAAAAAGCAAAAACAAUAACUGAACUUUAUUUAAGUCCAGUUAAUUGUGUUUCGCCUUUAAUCUUAACAUCAUUUAUUAAAUUAGAGAAGGGAUUAUUUUAUAAUUAUUCGAAUAAUGAAUAUGAUAAAGAAAUCGAAGAAUUUCAACGGUAUUUGAAAAUUUUGGAAUUUCCUGAUCUUCAAUAUCUUGAGAUCGAACAUUUAUCAUGUUUCAAAGAAUUAUCAUUAUUAAUUGAAAAAAGUAAAGGAAACAUAUUAGAAAUUAAUAUUUAUACAAAAAAUGAAAAUGCUGAGAACGCAGGGUUACUUAUUAAAACAAUUUCUAGAAAAUGUCCAAAGAUUGAAAAGUUAACAACACAUCUUGAUCUUGUAGGUUUAAAAUAUUUAAAAGAAUUAUUAAUUAAUUGUAAUUAUUUAGAAUAUUUAAGAUUAGAUUGUUUACAUCCAAAGGCUGAAAAGAUGGGGGAUGAGAUAUUAGAUAUUAUAAUCAAAUAUUCUCCAUUUACGUUAAAGGAAAUUCAUCUUAGCGAAACUUGGAUGUUUUCGGUUGGUGGGUUUGAAAGAUUUUUUGAUAGUUGGAAAGGGAGAGAUCCGGUUGAUUUUGAAAUAAUUUAUAAUGAUUAUAAUAAUUAUAGUUAUAUUACAGCAAAUCACAAAAAUAUUAUUAGAAAAUAUGUUAAUGAAAAAGUGAUAAAUUUUUCCAAUUGUUUUUAAUUUAAUUAAUUUAAUUUUAUUUUUGCUAUAAUAAACACUAUCAAUUGUCGUGUUUAAGUAUAUGUCGUACAUAAAUUUCUGACGCAUGUGAAAAAUUAGGCAUUAGAAAUUAAAAUUGGAUCAGUAAUUAGUAAGAUAUUUAAAUUAAAUUUAAA